GCGCGGCGGCGGCAGCAGAGAAGAAGGGCCGCGUCACUGAAGCUUCGUAUCACUCCGCGGCGCAAAGAAGUCCCGGCGCUUACUGCUGCUUCUGGGUUCUUCUUCUUCUUCGCGCGGCCCAUCCAGCGGGGAUCCUUCCGCCCCUGGAGCAGGAGAAAGGAGUCCCCCGCUUCCCCCUCUCCCCCAACUCCCCCCCAGUGCCCCCCACCGCGGAGGGCGAGGCCAAGGCGCUCCUACUGCUGCAAAAAAGGAUCGUGGCCGCCUGAGUGGGGCUGCCGGCUAAGCCCCCCCUCCCUCCCUCCGACCCCCCUCUCCACUGCCCGGCUCCACCAUGAGUGAAUUGGACCAGUUGCGGCAGGAAGCGGAGCAGCUGCGGAACCAGAUCAGGGACGCCAGGAAAGCAUGUGGCGACUCAACGUUGACCCAGAUCACAGCGGGCCUCGAUCCCGUGGGCCGGAUCCAGAUGCGGACGAGGCGCACGCUGCGCGGCCACCUGGCCAAAAUCUACGCCAUGCACUGGGGGACCGACUCCAGGCUGCUGGUUAGUGCCUCCCAAGAUGGGAAGUUGAUCAUUUGGGACAGCUAUACCACAAACAAGGUCCACGCCAUCCCACUGCGGUCCUCCUGGGUCAUGACCUGCGCCUACGCUCCGUCGGGGAACUACGUGGCCUGCGGCGGCCUGGACAACAUCUGCUCCAUCUACAGCCUCAAGACCCGGGAGGGGAACGUGCGGGUCAGCCGGGAGCUCCCGGGCCAUACGGGCUACCUCUCCUGCUGCCGGUUCCUGAACGACAACCAGAUCAUCACCAGCUCUGGAGACACAACGUGCGCCCUGUGGGACAUUGAGACCGGCCAGCAGACCACCACCUUCUCCGGCCACAGCGGUGACGUCAUGUCCCUCUCGCUGGCCCCCGACAUGCGCACCUUUGUCUCAGGGGCCUGCGAUGCCUCCAUCAAGCUGUGGGACAUUCGGGACAGCAUGUGCCGGCAGACCUUCACUGGCCACGAGUCCGACAUCAACGCUGUCUGCUUCUUUCCCAACGGCAACGCCUUCACCACGGGUUCGGACGAUGCCACCUGCCGCCUCUUCGACCUGCGUGCCGACCAGGAGCUGAUGAUGUACUCUCACGACAACAUCAUCUGCGGCAUCACCUCCGUGGCCUUCUCCCGGAGCGGCCGCCUCCUCCUCGCCGGGUACGACGACUUCAACUGCAACAUCUGGGACUCCAUGAAGGGAGACCGGGCAGUUACUACGCUGUUGCAACAAGAACGACUGGUCUGGUGA